UCUUAGUUUAUAUUCUCGAUCGCUUUUAUGGUUUGCGAGUUAUAUGUAGUUUCCGCGAUUAGCGAAGCACUUCGAUAGCUAGAAAUUAAAAGAAAAUGUUGGUUGCUCUCCUCUUCUUCUCCGCUCUCCUUUGCAUCGGCGCCCCGGCGAAUGCCCUAUACUCGCCCUCUUCCCCCGUCGUCCAACUCAAUCCCUCCAACUUCAAAUCCAAGGUCUUAAACUCGAACGGGGUCGUGCUGGUGGAGUUCUUUGCUCCCUGGUGCGGCCACUGUCAAGCUCUGACCCCAACAUGGGAGAAAGCAGCCACCGUCCUUAAAGGUGUCGCCACCAUCGCCGCUCUUGAUGCCGAUGCUCACAAGUCCCUCGCUCAGGAAUAUGGAAUCAAAGGAUUUCCUACGAUCAAGGUAUUCUCACCUGGCAAACCCCCAGUAGAUUAUCAAGGAGCACGGGAUGUAAAGCCUAUUGCAGAGUUUGCUCUCCAGCAGGUUAAAGCACUUCUUAAAGAACGAUUGAGUGGCAAGGCAUCUGGGGAUUCAAGUGAAAAAUCUGAACCAAGUGCUUCAGUUGUAUUGACUUCUCAAAACUUUGAUGAGCUUGUCAUCAAAAGUAAAGACGUGUGGAUUGUGGAGUUCUUUGCACCAUGGUGUGGACACUGCAAAAAACUAGCACCAGAGUGGAAGAAAGCUGCAAAUAACCUGAAGGGGAAGGUUAAGUUGGGCCAUGUUGAUUGUGAUGCUGAAAAGCAGUCCUUGAUGAGCAGGUUCAAUGUACAAGGCUUUCCAACCAUCUUGGUAUUUGGUCUUGAUAAGAGCAGCCCCUAUCCUUAUGAGGGUGCUAGAACUGCUUUAGCCAUUGAGGCAUAUGGAUUGGAACAGCUGGAAGCCAAUAUUGCUCCUACUGAAGUGUCUGAGUUGACAGGCCCGGAUGUGAUGGAAGAUAAGUGUGCUUCAGCGGCUAUAUGUUUUGUAGCUUUCCUCCCUGACAUCUUGGAUUCAAAGGCAGAGGGAAGAAAUAAAUACCUCGAACAUCUCUUAUCAAUUGCUGAGAAAUUCAAAAGGAGUCCUUACAGCUUUGUUUGGUCAGCUGCUGGCAAGCAGGCGGAUCUUGAGAACCAUGUUGGCGUUGGUGGUUAUGGUUACCCAGCUUUGGUAGCUUUGAAUGUAAAGAAGGGUAUUUAUGCUCCACUCAAAAGUGCCUUUGAAAAUGAUCAGAUCAUCGAGUUCAUCAAAGAAGCAGGUCGUGGUGGAAAGGGGAACCUGCCACUUCAAAACACCCCGACUAUUGUUAAAAUUGAACCAUGGGAUGGUAACGAUGGUGAGAUCAUCGAGGAGGAUGAAUUUUCUCUUGAUGAGCUCAUGGGUGAAGAUAAAUCAGCUAAAGAUGAGCUAUAACAGCAAAGAGUAGAUGAGAAGGAUUUUGAUGGAAUGUGCUCUAGUUUAGUUUCCGAACUCUGAUGUUGACAUUGGUAGUCUCUGAGUCAAUAUUCAAGCUCGUAUCACUUGAAGACUUUACAUGUGGCUCAAUUUUUUUGAGAAGUAUGAUCAAUAUGAUGAACUUGAACUGUGUA